AUGUCACCAAACAUUCUGGUCGAUGCUACGCUAGGAUAUACAACAGUACUAGGGAGCUGUGCUUUCCUUUCCCUCCCCUUCCCUUCCCACCUCAGGUUAUGGUCAGGACUCGAGGUAGGGGUUGUCAACCUUCGUAUGCCGAAUGAACGAAGCCCUGGAGGAAGUCGAACCGGGCCUGAGGAGGACGAGGAGGAAGACGACGACGACGACAACAACAAAGUCGACGCGGGAGGAGCCGGGAUCAGCGGACGGGUUGACAAGACAUGA